CUCUGGUCUGCGGGGCGGCACCAGCUCCGGAGUUCCCUUCCGCGAAGGCGAGUUCCAGGCCAACUGAGGACCAAACAGUUCUUGAGCCUCUAAGAGGCUCGGUUCUCAGUACACAACCCUCCGCCGUCCUCCCUCUUACUUCACCUUUACAGGUAAGGGAGCCCGUCAGAGCGCGCAACAGACCGAGAAAUAUGAGCUCCGCCCUUGGGCGCCCAAAACCGAACCCCAGCGCGGCUGCGCAGGGCACGUGUGUGUCCUCGCUGGAGUCCCGGCGAUUGGCUGUGACGUAACUUCCGGUGUGAGCGGCGAAAGCCGGGAGGGCGAGCGAGAAAGAGAGCAAGCAGCAGGCUGCAGGCAGGCAGGCGGGCAGGCGGGAGGACGGCACGGAGGGAGCAAGCGAGCAGUAAGUGAGCCGGCGAGGUCAUCGGCGUCCCGAGGACAGCAAAGAUUCCCCCCGCCUUUCUGGCCCCCUCUCCGGAGCCCACAGCGCCUCCGGUUUACAGCGGAGCGGACACGGCCCGGCCCGGCCAUGGCCUCGUUGUUGAAGGUGGAUCAGGAAGUGAAGCUCAAGGUUGAUUCUUUCAGAGAGCGGAUCACAAGUGAGGCAGAAGACUUGGUGGCAAAUUUUUUCCCAAAGAAGUUGUUAGAACUUGAUAGUUUUUUGAAGGAACCAAUCCUAAACAUCCAUGACCUAACUCAGAUCCACUCAGACAUGAACCUCCCGGUCCCUGAUCCCAUUCUUCUCACCAAUAGCCACGAUGGCCUGGACGGUCCCACUUAUAAGAAGCGAAGGCUGGAUGAGUGUGAAGAGGCCUUCCAAGGAACCAAGGUAUUUGUGAUGCCCAAUGGGAUGCUGAAAAGUAACCAGCAGCUGGUGGACAUUAUUGAGAAAGUGAAACCUGAGAUCCGACUACUGAUCGAGAAAUGCAACACGGUCAAAAUGUGGGUACAGCUCCUGAUUCCCAGGAUAGAAGAUGGGAACAACUUUGGGGUAUCCAUUCAGGAAGAGACAGUUGCAGAACUAAGGACUGUUGAGAGUGAAGCUGCCUCUUAUCUGGACCAGAUUUCUAGAUAUUAUAUUACAAGAGCCAAAUUGGUUUCUAAAAUAGCUAAAUAUCCCCAUGUGGAGGACUAUCGCCGCACCGUGACAGAGAUUGAUGAGAAAGAGUAUAUCAGUCUUCGGCUCAUCAUAUCAGAGCUAAGGAAUCAAUAUGUCACUCUACAUGACAUGAUACUGAAAAAUAUCGAGAAGAUCAAACGGCCCCGGAGCAGCAAUGCAGAGACACUAUACUGAGGCCAGGGCCAGGGCCAGGGCCAGGGGACUCUGUGAGUCUGGCUCAAGACCGACAUUGCCUUGGUUUGUUACAUGACUAUCGUGAUGGGAAACUGGCUGGAAAUCAUAAUCACACCGCUCUGUUUUUAGUUAGAGUCUAAUGAAACUCUCAUCUAGUUCUGUGA